AUGGCCUUCACCUACGGCUUCAAGUACGUGGCGACGCACCCAAACUCAGGUUAUCAGCACCAGUAUUUGGAGCGCAUCGACCACUUCAGUUUGGGGCUGAUGGGCCUAGAGACGCUCUUCUCCCUCUGGGAUGCCUCAGAGGCCUACAGUGGUAAGAGCCCAGGCCUCAUCGAGGCGCGCACUGCGUGGGUGCAGUACUGGGCCUCACAGAUCCGGCUUUUUCAGCGCUUCCACCGGAAGGGUGCCCAGACGGUGCGCCAGUUCCUCACCCAAUCCAAGGAUGAAGGCAUCACCGCCAUGGUGGCCAUGCUGCGGCAGAUCCGCGCGGCGCUGCGCGUGGCGGCCUCGCAGCGGUUGAACGGCGGCCUGUCGCGGCUGCUGCUGCUGCUGGCGGACCUCAUAGACGAAAGGGGGACAGCAUCUUGGGCGCAGAUUCCAAGCAUGCUCGAAGCAGCUGCGCCAGUAGAAUCUGUGCCCAUGGCCACCCCCAGGCAGGAGUGCAGGGAGACCAGGGAGGAGUCCAGGAGGAUGGCCCAUCACCGGCUGCGGUCCGUGUUCGACUGCGACACCCCCAACUCCCCAGAGGCGCAGAAGACCAGCGGGGCUGGCCCCAGUCAGAAGGAGUUGUUCCCGUCGCGAGCAUACGGGAACGGGCACGUGCGGAUGACCUCAGCUUUUUAA